GCUUCUUCACACUGUAAUCGCAGUGAUUACGUGAGCUCUCGAUUAUUUUUUGUUUUGCCGUUCACAAACAGAAACACGAAAGCACUCAGGAGGCGGAUCCGCGCCCCUCCACCGCUCCGCCCCGCGCCUUCAGUUUCGAUUCCUGCCGCGUCCCGUUCGGUGCAGCCGCGUCGAGGCGGAGGGGCGGCCAUGUGCGACCCGGUGGUGUGCAGCUUCCUCACCAAGACCCUGUGCGCUCAGGGCGGGCGGAUGGGGCUCUCGGAACUCCAGCAGCACGUCGGGCUCUCGGCUCGGCAGCUACAGGAGACGCUGCAGGCUGCGGGUCCCGAGCGCUUCUUGCAGCUGACGGGCGACGGGGUAACGCCGGAGGUGCUGGCUCUGACCACCGUGCGAGUCUGUAUGCGCAAGCAGUGCGACGGCUGCCAGCGCCUGCACCUCUGCAAGCCGCACCUCAUGGGCAGGUGCGGUCAGCGCUACAGAGGUUGUAAGUACUCUCAUGAUAUCACCGGUGAUGAGAACAAAAAAGUUCUGAAGACUCAUGAGUUGUCUGGCCUAAGUGAGAGUGAGCUGCGAAUCCUGCUUCUCCAAAAUGACCCUUUCCUCCUUCCUGAUGCCUGCAAAUUGUACAACGACAGGAUUAAUACCUGCAGCCAGCCAAGCAGCUGCAACAAUCUUCAUAUUUGCCGACAUUUUCUCCAUGGUGGGUGUAAAUUUUUUCCAUGCAAGAGGUCCCAUAACCUUUUGGAUUCCCGUGCACUGAGAGCAUUGAAAAAUGGAGGCGUUGAUGAGAAGAUGGCUUCAAACAUCCAGACUAUACUCGAUUAUAAACAUGCGGAUCUCUGCAAGAAGGAAAGACCCAAUUCCCAUCAUCCUUUCUACAAACCAAGGGUGACUUCAGAGGAAAAUCUAACACAUAAAAGUAGCAAAGAACAGAAACCAUCUUUGGAAAUACCUAAGGUAUCCACGGUGCAUGUGCAACUUUCAGAAGAUCCCAGCAGCAAUGAAACUCAUCAGAGCAAGUUUCCCUUGCUAACAGGCACCAGAAGUAAAGUCGAAGAUGAAAAAGAUGAUUCCUCUGCCAACACUUUGAAGGACAAAAAAGAAGAUAAGCGUGAUGAGAUAUGCUUGUUCCAUGUCUGGAAGUACUGCAAACAUAAUGAGAAAUGCAAAUCAGUUCAUUACCAUUUGCCAUAUCGAUGGCAAGUGUAUAAUGGAGUCACCUGGAAUGACCUUUCCAUGAUGGAGGAAAUUGAAAAGGCCUAUUGUGACCCAAAAAACAUCAGUAUAGCAGGUAAAAGUAUAAAUUUCCAGACAAUGACCUGCGCCUCUUCUUUGCUUCGGCGCCUCUCUACACCAUCAUCUGUUGUACAUCCCACAUUUGUACUGACUACAAAGUGGAUUUGGUAUUGGGAGAGUGACCAAGGCCAGUGGACUGAAUAUGGAACACAGGGAGAGCAGGAUACUGUGAAUUCGCCGUCUUCUGACAUACUUGAGAAUUUGUAUCUGGCAGAUCCAGAUACCACUAUACAGUUCAAAGCUGGCUUGUAUUCCUACCAACUCAAUUUUAAAGAAAUGACACAGAUGAACACCUUUACUAGCACAAAAAGACUGGUCCGCAGGCGACCAGAGUUUGUGUCUUAUGAAGAAGUGCAGAAGNGGAAAGGUCAAAGGGAUUCUUCUAUUCCAAAUCAAGCCUGUCCCCCUCACUGGGAUCAAUCUGCACUGCCUGACUUAGGAUACAAGGAAGUGGAGAUCAGUAAUAUAUCCUCUGAAUACAAAGAAAUAAAGCAGCAGUUUGAACAGACUAUGAAAAACUACAUCAUCCUUAAAGUACGCAGGAUUCAGAAUCCAUCCCUCUGGAAGGUGUUUCAGUGGCAAAAGGAGCAGAUGAAGAAGCAAAGUGGAGGGAAGGAGGUAAAGGAAAAGCUUCUGUUCCAUGGAACCAUGAGAUGCGUACUGGAAGACAUCUGCAGUCGCAACUUUGACUGGAGAAUUUGUGGGAGCAAUGGAAAGCUCUAUGGGCAGGGAAGUUACUUUGCUAGAGAUGCUUCCUAUUCUCACACAUACUGCAAGUCUACAGAAAGAUCAACCGUCAUGUUCAUGGCUCGCGUAUUGGUUGGAGAUUAUGCUCAAGGCCAGGCACACUACGUUCGCCCCCCAACAAAGGGUUUUAGUGGGCUUCAGUUUUAUGACAGUUGUGUGGACAACACGGAAAACCCUUCAAUUUUUGUUGUCUUUGAAAAAAAUCAGAUUUACCCAGAGUACCUAAUAGAGUAUACUGAAGUGCAAAAAAAGUGCAUUGUAUCUUAGAGUGAUCGGAGUUGCUUGUAGCCCUCGUGUUAUCUUCUGCACUGCAGAUGUUUACAUGCUUCUUUUUAGUAUGAUACUUUGAGAUAUUAACUCAAGGAAUUUCAGUAUUGAUGACGGUUGGCAAAACAAAUGUUAUAUUUGUUGAAACUAAUUGACUUACCUUUUCCUUUUUUCUCUUCCAAUUGAAGCAUAGAUAUUUGGAUAGCUGCAGUAGAAAAAUAAGAACUGUGGACAGGAAAUAGAAUAUUAGAACUUCCGCAGGUAGAUAAAUGUACGGAUGAAGUGACACUGUGAAAGUCACAGGCUGUUAAGGUAAACUACAAUUUGGUGGUUUGGCUACAGCUGACAGCUGUACGUGUAUAAAGGCUAUGUCACAAUGAGAUAGGCUUUUAAUUUAAUGUGGCCAUUAAUUAUUCUUAAUGUGAACACUUGCUUAGCAAAUGCUAUAGUGUAAGAGAAACAUCUUAAGGAACAUUGAUAUUUUCUGUCCUAUUUGUCUAGGUUAAUCUUCGUUUUUCCCAAAAUAAGAAAGGCCAAUAGUAGAACUGCUAUCCUGAGGCAUUUGGUGUAUGUUUUGUUGCCCACAGCGUGUUUGCAUGAGAAUUCAUUGACAAGCAUAGUUCCUCUCAGUACACUGAGCUAGUGAUCAGGGUAAUCCUGAAUACUGCUUUUCCAGGUCUGUUUUCUGAUAAACUUGCAUUGUCUUCGUCAGCAAAGGGGUGGUUAAGCGCUAUUUUAGGAAGUUACAUGUUUUCAUGUUCUAAAAGAAAAACGUCAUAGUUUCUACUGAAUCUUACUGAUGAGUUUGUAAGUAAAUCUGUAGAAACAUGUCUUAUUCAAGCAGGCCAGCUGUUGAGAGGGAGACGUGCUGAGGCCAAAGUAAUUGUCACUUUCUGAUAAGUUUUACAAUAACAUGAUCCCAGUUAUUUGCAUCUUGGGCAGGAGCCUACCAACCAUGUGUAGUACUUGAUAUCUGAAAGUUACCAAGAGGAUGGGGGAAUAAUGAAAGCUGGGAUAUCUUACUGUGUAGAAAAGACUGCUUUAGAUCUAAAUUAAAAACAAGCCAGUAACAUACUAAGAGGGGAAGUAUGACCUUAAGUUCUCUCACUUUCAUUUUGACUGAACCACGUUUUGCCACGUUUGCAAAUAAAGUGUUUUCAGUCACUCUUCA